AUGGGUGACUGGAGUUUCCUGGGGAACAUCUUGGAGGAGGUGAAUGAGCACUCCACGGUCAUCGGCCGCGUGUGGCUCACGGUGCUUUUCAUCUUCCGGAUCCUAAUCCUUGGCACGGCCGCCGAGUUCGUGUGGGGGGAUGAGCAGUCCGACUUCGUGUGCAACACCCAGCAACCAGGUUGCGAGAACGUCUGCUACGACGAGGCCUUCCCCAUCUCCCACAUCCGCCUCUGGGUCCUGCAGAUCAUCUUCGUCUCCACGCCGUCUCUGGUGUACGUGGGGCACGCGGUGCACCACAUCCGCAUGGAGGAGAAGCGCAAGGAGCGCGAGGCCGAGGAGCUGUGCCAGCAGUCGCUGGGCAACGGCGGCGAGAGGGCGCCCCCCGCGGCGGACCAGGGGAGCAUCAAGAAGAGCAGCGGCAGCAGCAAAGGCACCGCCAAGAAGUUCCGGCUGGAGGGGACCCUGCUGAGGACCUACGUCUGCCACAUCAUCUUCAAGACCCUCUUUGAGGUGGGCUUCAUCGUGGGCCACUACUUCCUGUACGGUUUCCGGAUCCUGCCCCUCUAUCGCUGCAGCCGGUGGCCCUGCCCCAAUGUGGUGGACUGCUUCGUGUCGCGGCCCACCGAAAAGACCAUCUUCAUCCUGUUCAUGCUGUCGGUGGCCUCUGUGUCCCUCUUCCUCAAUAUUCUGGAGAUGAGUCACCUGGGCCUGAAGGGAAUCCGAUCUGCCUUCAAGAGGCCAGUGGAGCAGCCGCUGGGGGAGAUUCCUGAGAAGUCCCUCCACUCCAUUGCUGUCUCCUCCAUCCAGAAGGCCAAGGGCUACCAGCUCCUCGAAGAAGAGAAAAUCGUGUCCCACUAUUUCCCUUUGACUGAGGUCGGGAUGGUGGAGGCCAGCCCACUUGCUGCCAAGCCUUUCAGUCAGUUCGAGGAGCAGAUGGGCACGGCCCCCCUAGGGGACUUGUCCAGGGCCUACCAAGAGACGCUGCCUUCCUAUGCGCAGGUGGGAGCCCAGGAGGGGGAGGGGGAGGGGCAGCCCGUGGAGGCGGGAGCAGAGCCAGAGGUGGGCGAGAAGAGGCAGGAGGCAGAGACAGGGAGCGCGGAAGGCCAGGAGACCCCGGCUGUGCUGGAGGGGGAGAGAGUGGAGACCCCGGAAGUGGGGAAGGAUGUUGAGGAAGAAGAGCUGACGCCGGAGAAGGUAUCAAAGCAAGGGCUGCCGCCUGAGAAGGUGCCUUCGCUGUGUCCAGAGCUGCCGGGGGAUGACAGCAGACCCCUGAGCAGGCUGAGCAAAGCCAGCAGCCGGGCCAGGUCAGAUGAUCUAACCGUAUGA